AUGCCAAAAAGAACAAAAAAAAAAAAUGAGGGGACUGCAGAAGAUCCUAUAGACUUAUCUGAAGAGCCUACAACGACGACGACGACAACAACAACAACAAAAAGACCCAAAAGAACAAAGAAAACAGUAUCUACUAGUAAUACUGUUUCAACUAACACAACUGCCAGUACUUCCACAGGCAAACGAAGAAAAAAACAAGUUGCCUCCUUUGUGCUUGAUGAAAAUGCAAUGCAGGUUUUAAAGACUAGUGUUGAGGCUGAAAAAAAGAAAAGGUUGGCAAUUCGUGCUAAACUUCCACCAGAAGCAAAAAUUUACUUGAAUGAGUCAAUGAGAGGUAGAGUCACCAGAGCAUUGAAACAACGCAUGUUUGUUCUUUCGCGUCAACUUUCACCUGAUGAUGAAUCAACUGAAGUUUUUGAAGUCCUUGGAAGCAUUGGAAAUAACUAUACAGUUACUAUAUCAUCUCAUAUGAAAUGUACUUGCAUGGACUACGCCUUGAGACGUACACACUGUAAACAUAUACUGAUGGUCUUACUCAAAGUCUAUCGACUUCCUUAUGAUAAUCCAUUAUAUCAAAGUCUUUAUACAAAAAAAGAAGAACGUAUUCAUGCACGUAGUUUCUGCAGGCAGGUUGAUCCUUCAAUAUUAGUUCCUGAAGAUGUUAGGGAAAGAAUUAUGAAUACAAUGUAUGGUAUUUCACAAGAUGGAUCUACUCCAGAAGCUAAACGCCGCCCACUGGACAUCUCUGAUUGUCCUAUCUGCUUUGAGGAGUUUGAAGAAGGCAAGAUUGACCAAAUUGAUUUCUGCAAAGUGUGUGGAAAUAAUAUACACAAGGAAUGCUUUGGCAUGUGGGCUGCUUCAAAGGGUGCCAAUGUCACUUGUGUCUAUUGUCGAUCCAAAUGGGUUACUCCUGAACCAUUCACUGGACCCAAGAAGAAGACUGGAAUUGAUUUGGGCCCAGGCCAUCUGCUGGAAGGAAACUAUGCAAACUUUGCUCAAGAACUUGGCCUUGCAACAAAGAGAGAUACAUCAACUUAUAGGAGGAGUUAUCGAGAUGAAGACUAUCUUGAUGACGAUGUAUAG